ACGCUAGUACAUCCUCUUUCGGGCAGCAUUCACUGCAGCCGGGAGCUAAUUCUGCUGCACAAUUAUAGUGCCACAGACUAGCCUGCAAGUGUCCUGAGCCUAUGAAAGGAGAGGGGAAAAGACAGAAGAAGACAAAGGUUUCUGAAGGGUGCCUUGGAAUUCCCAUCACUGGAAAGAAGACCUUGCUUGCCUGCAAUAUUGCGAUGGGUGAGAGAACUGGCUCAGCUCAAAUUUCAGAAUCUGCCUGUCCAAGGAUGUCACCAGACGUUCAGAAGUAAUAAGAGCUCAAUCUUCCUGGGAACAAAAGAAAGGAGGGAAAGGAGGAGGGAGACUUCAAGGAAGGAAUUCUUAGAUUUCGUGGGACUUUCAAUUCUCUUUUUUCCCAACCAGACAUGGAGACACAAAUAAGGUUUCCAUACAGGGUCUAAUAUCUAGUUUUCAAGGGAAAGAAUCCAACAAAGGCUCUGCAGUAAAUGAAUCGAUUACUUAUUACAAGAUCCAAAGGAGGCUUUCUCAGAAGUAAUCCCAAGAUGUUUGAAUGGGACUGACCCUUCACAGGAACAGGAUUGCAGAAUUGUUGGGGCUUUUUGGAGGGGUUAGGAGUGGGGGGUUUUUUUUGCAGGUAAAAGACCAGCUUUGUUAUGGAAUUGAAAAGGAACUGAGAUUUGAAUCAUGGUAACACUUUGAUUUCAUAAAGGUAUACCAGAAUGGUCUUAUCUUAUGGAGCAGGAAAACAGAUUUCCUAUGGUUCUCUCCUAUGAUGUAGUGAACAUAAGAAGUACUGUGGCAGAUGAAAAGUUUUCUUUGUGUUGGAUUAUACUCCAUUCUUUAUUCCUUCUUCCUUGGAAAGGAAGUAGAGAGACUUCAACCGACCACUGCUGAAUAUGUGUUUAAGAAGGAAGAAAAAGCAAUAUUUAUUGUUUCUAAAGGCCAACAUGGCAAAACAAUGCAAAGUUUUGUAUUUCUUCUUAGAAACUGAUCUAGCACAGGUGGCAAAAAAUUCACUCUUGACUAACCUCUUCCUACUGUUUCAAAUGCUGCAUAUGAAGAUGCUUUAAUUUAAACCUGGGAUUUAUCAAGAGGAAGCACUGCCUUCAUUUAGGAUAAGUUGUUAAAGAUACAUGGUUAUUUUUUCUGAUUUUUUUUGUAUUCUUCUGAAAGAAUUACAAGCAAAUUGCAUUAAUGGAUGGACACAUAGCUAAAAACCUUCAGGAAAUUCUGUCCUCAAAUCCUGGAAAUUCUCUCAUAUGUGGAAUAUACUGUUUUUUUGCAAUAGCACAUAACACAAACUAAAGCUGCAGUUGUUGUGGAAUGUACCUAUGCAUACCAUAACAGACCAGGCCUUCAGACAAAGAAAAGACUGAUGCUGAUAGAACCAUGAACAUGAUGCAUGUGAACAAUUUUCCAUUUAGGAGGCAUUCAUGGAUAUGUUUUGACGUAGACAAUGGCACCUCAUCGGGACGGAGUCCCUUGGAUCCCAUGACAAGCCCUGGAUCAGGGCUUAUUCUACAGGCUAACUUUGUUCACAGUCAACGCCGAGAGUCCUUCCUCUAUCGGUCUGAUAGUGACUAUGACCUCUCUCCAAAGUCCAUGUCUAGGAACUCCUCCAUCGCUAGUGAUAUACAUGGAGAUGACUUGAUUGUGACACCAUUUGCUCAGGUGCUGGCCAGCUUACGUACUGUACGGAAUAAUUUUGCUGCAUUAACCAAUCUUCAGGAUCGAGCACCCAGCAAACGAUCACCCAUGUGUAACCAACCAUCCAUCAACAAAGCAACCAUAACGGAGGAGGCCUACCAAAAGCUGGCCAGCGAGACCCUGGAGGAGCUGGACUGGUGCCUCGACCAGCUGGAGACCCUGCAGACCCGACACUCCGUCAGCGAAAUGGCCUCCAACAAGUUCAAAAGAAUGCUCAAUCGAGAGCUAACCCACUUAUCUGAAAUGAGCCGAUCGGGCAAUCAGGUCUCUGAAUAUAUAUCCAACACAUUUUUAGACAAACAGCAUGAAGUGGAAAUUCCAUCCCCAACACAGAAAGACAAAGAAAAGAAGAAACGGCCCAUGUCUCAGAUCAGUGGGGUAAAGAAAUUGAUGCACAGCUCCAGUUUAACCAAUUCCAGCAUCCCCAAAUUUGGAGUCAAAACUGACCAAGAAGAUAUUCUAGCCAAGGAACUAGAAGAUGUCAAUAAAUGGGGCCUCCAGGUGUUUAAAAUUGCUGAAUUUUCUGGGAAUCGACCUUUGACAGUCAUCAUGUACACCAUUUUCCAGGAACGGGAGUUAUUGAAAACAUUUAAAAUUCAACCAGACAUGUUAAUAACUUAUUUGAUGACACUGGAAGACCAUUAUCAUGCGGAUGUGGCAUAUCAUAACAACAUACAUGCUGCAGAUGUUGUACAGUCUACACAUGUGCUGCUGUCAACCCCAGCUUUGGAGGCGGUUUUCACAGACCUGGAGAUUCUGGCUGCUAUUUUUGCCAGUGCAAUACAUGAUGUUGAUCACCCUGGGGUUUCAAACCAAUUCCUUAUCAACACAAACUCUGAACUUGCCUUGAUGUACAAUGAUUCAUCGGUCCUGGAAAACCAUCAUUUAGCUGUGGGCUUCAAGUUAUUGCAGGAGGAGAACUGUGACAUUUUCCAGAAUUUGACAAAAAAGCAGAGGCAAUCAUUGAGAAAGAUGGUUAUCGACAUUGUGCUAGCAACAGAUAUGUCUAAGCAUAUGAAUCUAUUAGCCGAUUUGAAAACGAUGGUUGAAACCAAAAAAGUGACUAGCUCUGGAGUUCUACUUCUUGAUAAUUAUUCAGACAGGAUUCAGGUUCUACAAAAUAUGGUACACUGUGCAGAUCUAAGCAAUCCAACGAAGCCACUCCAGCUGUAUCGCCAGUGGACAGAUAGAAUAAUGGAAGAGUUCUUCCGACAGGGAGAUCGAGAAAGAGAGAGGGGCAUGGAGAUAAGUCCCAUGUGUGAUAAGCACAACGCAUCAGUAGAAAAAUCACAGGUGGGCUUUAUAGACUACAUUGUUCACCCUCUCUGGGAGACAUGGGCAGACCUUGUACACCCAGAUGCCCAGGACAUCUUGGACACAUUGGAGGACAAUCGUGAAUGGUAUCAGAGCACAAUCCCCCAGAGUCCUUCUCCUGCUCCGGAUGACCAAGAGGAGGGUAGACAGGGCCAAACAGACAAAUUCCAGUUUGAACUAACACUGGAGGAAGAUGGUGAAUCAGACACAGAAAAGGAUAGUGGAAGUCAAGUGGAAGAAGAUACCAGCUGCAGUGACUCCAAAACUCUUUGCACCCAAGACUCAGAAUCCACUGAAAUUCCACUUGAUGAACAAGUGGGAGGGGAAGUGGAGGAGGAGGAAGAGGAGGAGCAGAGCCAAACAGAACAUUGUGUGCAAGAAGAACAUUCUCCUGAUACGUAACAGUAUGAUGGCUCUGUGACUCCCUUUGAUCUUUUCUCUCACUUUCUCUCUUUUUAAAAAUUGAAAAAUGGUUUCCCAAGUGCAUGUCACAUGGCACAACCAUGGUCACGCCUCACUGUCAUCUGCCAGAGAUGUUUGUUGAUCAAAAACUGACUUGAUUAUUCAGUUUGGCACUCAGGAAUAUUGUAGCCAGAAUUGUUCAUCUCCAUGGCAUCAGAGAGCAAAGGAAAACACCUGCAAAGAACAGUUUAAUAAGAGUUCAACUUGGCAGAUACGAUCAGAGUGUGUGUCUACUCCAAGAUGUUUUUCAAAAGGAGUAAAAGCUGGUCCAAA